GAUGUCGUCACUUCCUAGGAGGUCGCCCUCUGCAUCCGGGUCAGCAGCUGCCGCUGCCGCUGUGGCCGAGGGUCUGGUCCUGGGUCUUACCGCUGUUGAAGGAGAGCGGGCUCCGCUCGACGCUACGUUCUGCGACCUGGCCGUCCGCCCCACGUCGCCGGCCUGGAGGGGCGAAGAAGACGAGGAGGCCAAGGCUUCCUCCGGGGACAUUGGCUCUCCGGAUUAUCAGGAGUUUGUAGUUGACAUAGAGUCCAGGCUAAGAAUGGAAGGUGUAGAACUUAAGGAAGAAUGGCAAGAUGAAGAUUUUCCAAUACCAUUACCGGAAGAUGAUAGUAUUGAAGCAGAUGUAUUAGCUGUAACUGGACCAGAGAGUCAGCCUGGCUCACUAGAAGUUAAUGGCAAUAAAGUGAGAAAGAAACUAAUGGCUCCAGAUAUUAGCCUGACCCUGGACCCUAGUGAUGGCUCUGUGUUGUCAGAUGAUUUGGAUGAAAGUGGGGAGAUUGACUUAGAUGGCUUAGAUACACCAUCGGAGGAUAGUAAUGAAUUUGAGUGGGAAGAUGAUCUUCCAAAACCCAAGACUACUGAAGUUAUUAGGAAAGGCUCAAUUACUGAAUACACAGCAGCAGAGGAAAAAGAAGAUGGACGGCGCUGGCGUAUGUUCAGAAUUGGAGAACAGGACCACAGGGUUGAUAUGAAAGCAAUUGAACCCUAUAAAAAGGUUAUCAGCCAUGGAGGAUAUUAUGGAGAUGGAUUAAAUGCCAUUGUUGUGUUUGCUGUCUGUUUUAUGCCUGAAAGUGGUCAGCCUAACUAUAGAUACUUGAUGGACAAUCUCUUUAAGUAUGUUAUUGGCACUUUGGAGCUGUUAGUAGCAGAGAACUACAUGAUAGUUUAUUUAAAUGGUGCAACAACUCGAAGAAAAAUGCCCAGUCUGGGAUGGCUCAGGAAAUGUUAUCAACAAAUUGAUAGAAGGUUACGGAAAAACCUAAAGUCUCUAAUCAUUGUACAUCCCUCUUGGUUUAUCAGAACACUUCUGGCUGUUACAAGACCAUUUAUUAGCUCAAAAUUCAGCCAAAAAAUUAGAUACGUCUUUAAUUUGGCAGAACUAGCGGAACUUGUCCCCAUGGAAUAUGUUGGCAUACCAGAAUGCAUAAAACAGUAUGAAGAAGAAAAGUUAAAAAAGAAACAGAAAAGAGUUGAUCAAGAGCUUAAUGGAAAACAAGAUGAACCGAAAAAUGAACAGUAAGUUUGGCAUCUAGUCCAAACAUGACUGAAGAAUGUGCUGAUGAAGCAGUGCUUUUUUUUUUUUUUUUUUGCAUUUAUAAUGCAUUUAUUGGUCCUGGUUUUUAUGUAACCUGUUACAGAAUUGACUUGACUUUUUCUUAAUGGACUUUUGUAUGAGGGACUGUUCACUGCUGUAUUGGUUUGCAGAUCUCUUGAAUUUAGCUCUUUACUAGCUACUUGUAAUCAUUUUAUAUUUUAUAUUGCUAAAUAGCAGAGAACCACACUUUAUAUAAAGCAGUUUUUGGAUUUGUUUGUUAAAUAAUGUGUCUUCUUCAGUAAAAUAUUUAUAUGCCUAAAUGGAAAAGGAGAGAGAUAAUAUAUAUUUUUAUGUUUUUGAGCAAUAUUUUUUAAUGUAUACCUUUCAUGUGGAAGAAUAUGCAGAUAAAUAAGACCAUGGUUUUGUAAAGUGCAUGUUAGAAUUUUUGUUUUUGUAAAUGGUUCAAUACAUGUCCUGGGUCACUUAGAAAAUAUGCUCAUAAGGUGAGGGACAGUUAAACUGGUUCUCAUGAAUAUCCAAAGGUUAUGUACAUAAUCUAAGUAGAUUAGUACCACUCUGAGCUUUUUUCCCCCUUAACAUUUGUUGUUUCUUAAUUCAGAUACACAUACUCAAGUGUAUUAUGCACUUUUUCCUUUUUUAACUUAAAAGACAAGUCAAAAAGACAUUUUUAGAAUUAGAGAAUUUAAGAGGUUCAGAAUUGGGGGUUGUGUAUGUAUAUAUUGGACAUUUUAUCUUUUGGCUAAAAGUCAGAAAGAACUUCAUUAAAAUUUUUAGGUCUGUUCACUAAUGUGAAAUAAACUGUGUGUCCAGGGUAUCACUUUCCUGAAUUUGUGUGAGGGCAGUGUAAUAUUCAGAGAAUGUGGUGAGUUAUUCAUUGUUAAUACUUUUCUUUAGAAAACAGGGGCUGCUUUAUUUAGUUGUCUUCAAUGUGGGCACUUUACCAAAAUACUUUCACAUCAGGUGUUUGACCUAACCCAUGGUUUGUUUUCACAUUUUCUGUUGAAUCGUCUUGACAGUACUGUAAAUUAAGUUAUUUUGUAAGUCUUAGAGCAUCAUCAUAUUAUGCUGUUUUGGAUGACACAUUUGGUGUAAGCAUAUAAACUUGUUUAAUUUGGUAAGAACCUUGACUCUACAUUGAAAUUGUACUUAGGUUUCCAAAUAGAACUAAUUACCCACAAAAUCAUCCAAAAACAACAGAUUGGUCUACUACUACGUCAUAUACUUGUGUGGCUCAUAUAUUUGGUAAACUUAAUACCUUCCUCAUUUAAGGUCAUACCACGCUUCAGCUGUUCCUAUAAGGUAAUUUACAAAAGAGUAGCAAAAUUGAGGUCAGUGAGAGCUAAACUGUUAGGAUUUAUUCCGUCCUAGCCCGAACACACAUGUGGCUCUGCCCCCACCCCCCCAAACCUCCCACCCUGUUGUUGGUCACACUCAUGACAUGUGGAAGUUCCCAGGCCAGGGAUCAAAUCCGAGCUGCAUCUGUGACCUGCACCACAGCUACAACAACACAGGAUCCUUAACUGCUAUGCUGGGCAGUUUCCAACCAGAAAUGCCACAGAGACAAGGCAGAUCAUUAACCCACUGUGCCACAACAGGAACUCCACACGUGUUGCUGUUUUUAGCAUAAUGUUUCUAGUACAAAAGAGAAUUUUCCUUUACUUUUUGUCCUCCUCAGUCUUGACACACUAACCUGAGUCCAAUUGUGGGAGGUGGUGGAGGAUUCCCAGGAUGAGACUUUUCCUCAGCAGCCUCCUGACUUAAUUGGAGCCAGCAGCUGUAGACAGAUGCUGAACUAAUAUCAUUUUAGUGAAUAAAGCCAAAGCUAUCAUUCCUUGCUCCAAUCUUAGAAAUACUUUGUGUUCAAAAAGCAAACUAACAAUAACAACUUAGGCAUUCCUUUUGAUUUUAACAUAUGAGGAUGAAUAAUAUGAAUAAAAGAUCAUACUGAAUUUAAUUGUGAUUAGAGUCUGUAUUCGUAGAGCACUUUAAGUAGUCUUUCAUUUAUAAAUUUGUAUCUCACUCAAACUGGGCUAACCUUUUUAAAUGGGUGGCUUCCCUCCACAUUACCCAAUUCUUCAUUUUCUACACUACUGUUUAUUGACUUGGUUGCUUCUGCAAGCCUUGUUCCUUUAGAACAUUAAAAUUUAGAGGGAACAGUGAUAGCAUUUAGGAUAUAACCAAAGAGAUGUGCUAUGAAUUACUAGGUUUAAAAGGCCAUCUGUUCUAACCUACACAUUAAUGGAAUCUGGUAUAGGGACAUACCCUGUAACGUUGGGAUUUAGGCUUUGGAGUGCUUCUUUUUACUCAAGAGUUUCUCAUAUAAAGUAAUUGGAUUGUG